GGGAGAUGGAUGUGCAUUCAGGACGAAAUCUCUGCACCUCUCCUCCGCGGCUCCGCGUCGUGUCCUGGAGAGUUUGCAAUCUCUGCAUGGCAUUCUUUUUUGCGCUUGCUGCCUACGUUCAGGUUAACGAUCCAGAUUCAGGAAUAUGGAUUGUUGCCUACUUAAUUCCUGCUGUAUUGUCCUUCCUUGUUGGCCUGAAUCCAUUAGUCACAGAUAACUUCAUCUGGAAACAUCUCUCAUUGAUGCACACGUGCAUGUGUUUCAUGGUGGCCACUCUGUGGGGUUGGUAUCUCCAUCGACAUGCAAAGAACACUAUCUUCCACGAGGAGGAGGGCCGGGAAUUUUUGGGAUUAGUAAUAAUCAUUAUCUGGAUGCUGCUCUGCCGAGAUUCAGGAAAGUAUCUUGGUAGUUUUAAAAUUUCUAUUGCAGUUUUUAUUACUGUUCUGCCAUUCAUAACAUGGUUAUAUUACUACAUCAAUAAAGAACUGCGAGCAUCUUGGCCGGAACACUGUAAAAACACCAUUUAAGCCUGAUGCAAGCUAAUAGUGGGACCAGGAGAAGGGCCUUGGAACUAAAAUGAAUUGAUGAGCUACUGUUUAGAGCCACUCAUUUAAAGCUGUGAUUACAGAUAAUCUGAGGUUGUGAAAGAAAGCUAUGAUUUUGAAUACAAUUUUCUGUUAUUGUAUAAUUUCUGAGGAAAUAACUUGCAAAUAAUUAUGUUAAUUGUAUAAUGGAUGUAUGUCAUUUUGAAUCGAAGACUGAUUGCAAAUUGAAGUCCUGGUUCUGGUCUUGAACUUUGAAUCUAGGUGACCCAAGUGUUAUGGACCAGACGAUAUAUUUGACAAAAUGGAUAGCAAGUCCAAAUGCACUCAUAAUGCAGAAAUUCUUGUGUCUAGGUAAGGAUUAUUAGCCCUAAGAAGUGCUGCCAGUGUCCUUUGUGAAUAGGCUUGGUGUACCAUCCUAACAGAAUUUUGUUGUUCCAAAAAAAAAUCACUUUCACAUCCAUAAUUAGAGAUUGUUAUUUGCAUUCUGAAUUAAUAUUAAAAUACUUCAGUAGAAUCAAAACUUUCCAGUGGGGAAACAGGUCUUCACAAGCUUUUAGUUAAAAGGAAUUUUAUUGGCAUUGUGAUACCACAUUAUCUUCACAUAGACAUCCUUGCUGGGUCCAUACCCAUUGUUUUGUAUGAUUUGUGUAUGUCUCAUUAAGUGUAAUUCAAAUUGCACAAAGUAUAAUAUUUAUAUACUACAAAUAUGUUCAUAAUUGUGGGUUCCAAGGCUAAGCCUAGACUCAACCUAAUGUAAUAAGAUUUGUUUCUGUAUAUAUUGUUUGAAUAUCUUUUUUUGCACUGAUGCAUGAGUGACACGUGAUUUACUUUUGCUUAUCGAACCUCAUGUUCAAACCUUACAUUAUCUGCAUUAACAGAGAAGGGAGCUUUUACUCUCAGGGGUGGGAAUGUGGGAUUAUUUAUAAUUAACAAUUUUUAAUUAAAAUUUCAUAUUGGCAAAUGAAUUUCUAAAGGCUGAUCCAUAACUGAAUACUUCCCAGUUUAAAUUUGCUGGCUCUUCUUACGCUAUAAUGGUAAUACAUUACCAAUCAAUGGUAUAAUACUGGGAAAGGAAUAGACUUGUCACUUUGCAACAACAAUCUUUUUCAUUCUGCAUGAAAAAUGGAAUGAGUAUAGGGUAGGAAUCCCCAGAGCUAAACUAUUUUUUAAAUUGAAAAUACAUUCUCAAAAAAACAUUAAAAAUGUCUUAAAAGCAAAUCUUUCAUCAAACUUUAACAACAUACUGGAUUUUCUUUCUUCUGGAUCACAUUGGUAAUGUAUGAAAAGGGAUGAGAUCAGAGACAGAAUGGCCAAAAUUGUGCAUUACUUGAAGGAAUGAUUGUUAGACAUUUGCCAAUGGAGCCCUUGUAAACCAUUUUAUGAUUUUUAGGAAAAAGUACUUACAGUUCUGCAUCUUACCUUUUGUGAUCUCAAAUUCUCUCAAAACACUCUGCAACCAAUCUGGUAGUUGUGAUCACUGUAUUAUUGCAGAAAAUCUGGAUGCAUCCUGGUCCCACAGAAGCAACAUGUGUGUUCCUUAUUAGUGUUAUUGAUAAAUGUUGGCCUAGUCACAGGGACAACAAUGCAGGUCUUUAAACAGCGUUGUUUUAUAUUUUACCUCCACCUGAGAGGCAGAAAAAAUCAACUGCCAGUGUAGUUCUGGUACUCCAUUGAGCUGUCACCUUAGAUUACCUGCUGAAAGACCUUAGAUGGGACUUGAACUGGCAGACCCAGAGUGACAUAAAAUUCAAUAACUUUAUGACAAAGCUGUCAUCUGUGGGGGCAAAGGAGCUGAAAAACAACAAAAAAAAAGGCAAAGCUAAAAGUUAGAUGUGAAUUAUCUCAACUGUUCACACGAUUUUGAAAUAAAAAUGUUGACAUUGAACAAUA